AUGACACGAAAUUUACGAAAAAGUAGAACCAUUUGAUUUUGUGAAACUGAGUUUUACCUUUUACGUUUUACGUUUAACUUUUAUUUGGGUUUCGCUCUUGAACUGUUCGGAUUUCUUUACUUUGUUAAUUUUCGGUUAAGUGGGUUAGCUACGCUACAGAGCAGUGAGGGGUUCUUCCGAAAUUUUGUUUAGUGAAUAUUUACAUUGAGCCUGUCACGAUUCCUGAAGAAGAAAACACAACGACAAUGGCUGAUUCGAACUCUAAUAUUCUGGAUUUUUUGUUGAUUAUAGGAAAUCUCAAGAAGGAGAAGCGUACCGGGUGGCGACUGCGCAAGAUUCCCGAACCGGAAAGCAUUUCCGAUCACAUGUACCGAAUGGCCAUCUGCUCCAUGUGCCUCGGCGAUUCCGCCGCGGAUAAAAAUCGUUGUGUUAAAAUUGCGCUUGUCCACGAUAUGGCUGAAGCAUUGGUUGGUGACAUUACACCGCAUUGUGGAAUCUCGAAAGAAGAGAAGCUUGUGCAUAGAUUGCGAUGAUCCGAAGCAAUGCAGACUAUCUGCUCGAAAUUGGAACCAAAGAUCGCGGCGGAAAUUAUGGGACUCUAUGAGGAGUAUGAACAGCAAGAAACCCUAGAAGCGCAGACUGUAAAAGACCUGGACCGGUUUGAAAUGAUUCUCCAGGCCUAUGAGUACGAAGAUAAACAUCGCCGCCAAGAGAAUCCGAAAUAUCUGCAAGAGUUUUUCGAGAAUACUCGAGGCACAUUUCGGAAUGGGGAAAUUCAGCAGUGGGUGAAGGAACUGGAAAAGCGCCGAGCUGAUCUCCAUGGUGAGGCUAGUAGCGAUUUACCGGACCAGGUUCCCGCCCCUCAGUGAUGCGUGAUCGAUGUCGUUGGACAGCGUUUGUCUGAUUCUUCUCAAAUCCCCAAAGAAAUAGAUUAUGGUUUAGAUCUUUUGGUCCUGGUUAACUGAAAUGUGGAAGGGAGAGUGAUACUCUUCCGGCACCGUUGAUAUGUUCACUGUGACUGAAGUUAAGAAUGUUUUUCGUUUGCCGUGUAGAUCAUUAUAUAAACACCAUUACUUUCUAUGGUUGUUUUCACUUUUCAUAAAGGUGCCUCUAGUGAUUUUUCGUGCAUAUUUUGAUUGCUUCAUUCAGUUCAUUGCUUCAUCACCGUUUCAUGUGGUUUGCCUUAUUUCUUUUCGGUGCGAAUUCUGUAGAAAUUUGUCAAGUUGACUGAUCUAAGUGACUUUUAAGCGCGGGGAACAAGAUAAGUGUAAGUAGGAAACCAAUAA